CAAGCAAAUGUGAGUUUGACAAUUUACUCGACGAAAUGCUAAAAGACAAAAUAGUAUUUGGAAUUAGAUCAAAUCAGAUAAGAGAGAAAUUGUUGACAGAAGACAAACUAAACUUGACAAAAGCUAUAGCAAUAUGUAAAACUUGUGAAGAAGCAACAAAACAACUGGACGAGUUCGAAGGUAAAAAUAAAGUCUUAUCACUGAAAAACAAAAGUCUCAGAAAUAAACAAAACGAAUAUUUUGACUGCAAAAGAUGCGGUACAAACCAUAAAAGCAGAGAAUGCCCAGCUUUUAAUAAACCAUGUGCAAAAUGCAAUAAAAAUGGACAUUUUGCCAAGAUGUGCCGUACACAAAAAAAAUAUCAGAUUAAACAGAAAAAUAGAGUGAAUGCAGUAGAAGAAAGCUCAAUUAGUUCUGAAGAUGAGGUAUACAUAUCAGCUAUAAAUGCUGGCGGAAAUAAAGACUGGACAGAAAAGAUACAAGUUGGUAAUGUGCAAUUUACAGCCAAACUAGAUACAGGAGCACAAUGCAAUGUGUUACCGAGACACUUGAUAGACAAAAUAAAGGCAAAGCUAAAACCAAGCCGCACAAAAAAUUUAAUAAGCUACACUGAAGAUAGACUGGCAGUUUUGGGUGAAGCGGAGCUAUUGUGUACAAUCAAAAAUGAAGAAAGUAACAUUACAUUCAAAGUAGUACAAGAAAAAGUUACACCAAUUCUAGGACUAGAUACCUGUGAAAAAUUGGAAUUAAUCGCUAGAGUCAAAACAUUGAAGGAAAGUGAAUGCGAAGAUGAUGUGUUCAACGGUUUAGGCUGUUAUAAAGAUUAUGAGUAUGAUAUUGAUCUUAUAGAGAACCCAAAACUCGCAAUCAUACCACCAAGACGUAUUCCACAUGCCAUAAGAGAUGAGGUGAAGCAAGAACUCGACAGAAUGGUGAAGUUAGAUGUCAUAAAGCCACAGAAGGAGCCUACUCCUGCGGUGAGUCCUAUUGUAAUUGUCAGACAAAAAGGCAAAUUAAGAAUCUGUAUAGACCCAUCUGAUAUAAACAAAAACAUUCUGAGACGUCACUUCCCACUUACUACUAUAGAAGAAAUUUCAGCUGAUAUUAAAGGUUCUAAGUUCUUUGCAUUAUUAGAUUGUACAAAAGGAUUCUGGCAAAUAAAACUUUCCGAAAGAACACAAAAAAUACUAACUUUUGCUACGCCAUGGGGAAGAUAUUCUUACAAAAGACUCCCUUUUGGAGUGUCCUCAGCACCUGAAAUAUUUCAAGAAAUAUUAACUAAUUUGCUCAGUAAAUUCAAAAAUGUCAGAGUGUCCAUCGAUGAUAUAUUUAUUCAUUCAAAAUCCAGAGAAGAACUCAACAAAACUGUUUGUGAAGUCAUAAAAACAUUGAAAACAGCAGGUUUCAAACUGAAUAAAGAUAAGUGCAUUUUUGAAUCACAAAGAAUUAAAUUUUUAGGGCACAUUGUUUCAGAAAAUGGACUAGAAGCAGACCCUGAAAAAGUAAAAGCCAUUCAAGAAAUAAAAACACCAACAAAUAAAACUGAGCUACAGAGACUACUAGGGAUGAUUACGUAUCUAAACAAAUUUAUUCAAAAUAUGUCAGAAUUGACGGAUCCAUUAAGAGAUUUGCUACACAAGAAUACAAUCUUCACAUGGGAAGCCCAUCAAGAAGAAGCUCUGAACAAAAUAAAACAUGUUUUACAGAGUCCUCCAGUAUUGAAACUAUAUGAUGUUAACAAACCAGUAACACUAACUGUAGAUGCAAGUUCAAGAAACCUUGGAGCAGCACUUCUUCAAGAAGGACAACCAAUAGCCUAUGGUGCAAGAGCGCUGACUAAAACAGAACAGAAUUAUCCACAGAUUGAGAAAGAAGCACUUGCUAUACUGUUCGGAUGUAAGAAGUUUCAUGAAUAUGUUUACGGCAAAGAACUGACAGUGGAAUCAGACCAUAAGCCACUUGAGACAAUCUUUAAAAAAAAUAUACAAUCUGCUCCAGCGAGACUGCAACGCAUAAUAUUCAAUCUUGCACCAUACUCGCCAAAGGUUAUAUUUAAAAAAGGAACAGAAAUACCCUUAGCAGAUCUCCUCAGUCGAGAUUGCGAUACAUCUAAUCUGAAAUAUAAACAAGAAGACAAUUUGAAAAUUGCAGUUAUACUACCUAUGUCAUUAAACGCUAAAGAAGAGUUAAUUACAGCUACUAAGGAAGAUCCACACUUACAGUUACUUCUAAAAACAAUAAUACAAGGAUUCCCAGAAAAAGUCAAUGAUCUGCCUACCGAACUACGACAUUAUUUUAACUUUAAAGAAGACUUAAGCUAUCUCAACGGAAUAAUCUUCAAAGGAAAUAAAAUAAUAGUACCAAAAUCACAGAUUGCUAAAAUGUUAAAGAAUAUUCAUCAAGGACAUCUAGGUAUAAAUAGCUGUUUAAGAAGAGCACGGCAAUUUCUUUACUGGAAAGGACAAUAUGACGAUGUCAUAAGACUAGUUAAAACCUGCUCUGUCUGUGAACAAACUCAGAGAGAUAACAUUAAAGAUAUAGUACUAAUCAAAAAGAUCCCUACACUUCCAUGGCAAAUAGUUGCAUCAGAUUUAUUUGAGUUAAAAGGAAAAACUUACCUAGUAAUCUGUGACAGUUACUCUGGAUUCUUAGAUUUUCAUCAGCUAAAAGGUCAGUCAUCAUAUGAAGUAAUUGAACAACUAAAAAGAUGGUUUGCUGUGCAUGGAGUGCCAGAAGAGCUACAAACUGAUAAUGGAACACAAUACUUGUCUCAAGAGUUCAAGAUCUUUCAAAGAGAAUGGAGAUUUAAUCAUGUCACAUCUAGUCCACAUCACCAUCAAGGCAAUGGGCUCGCUGAAAAGGCAGUUCAAACAGCCAAGAAUAUGCUAAGAAAAUGCAGCAUUGACAAGUCGGAUGUUCAACUAGCUUUAUUAAACUGGAGAAAUACACCAAGAAAUGAUAUUUUAGGUUCACCAAACCAACGAUUAUACAGCAGAAUUACUAGAUCUCCAAUACCCACCCUUGACAAAAAUUUAAAACCAAAAAUAAGAGGAACAAACCCGAUACAGUAAUAAGCAUACCAAACAGCCAGAUACUAUAGAAGUUAAUGACAAAGUCCGACAUAAAGUCUCUCAUCGU